CGCGGUGAUUUGCCCGGGACAGUGUGGCCCGUGAGGACGCGGCGCACGAGGGCCCGGCGGCCCGGAGGAUGCGGAGAAAGCCAGGCCGCCCUGGGAGGCCUCAGACCGCGGGCUCCUCGCCGGCACCCGGCGCGGGAGGAGGGAGCCCGCGCCCGGCGGGCGGGCGGGCGCUGCACCUGCCGCCGCGCGGAGGGGGAGCCGGUGGCCUCGGCGCGCCCAGGCACCAGCAGGAAGUGCUGCGGCACGGCCCGGGCGCCGCCUCCGCAGGGCGCGCCUCCUCCGCGGCGCCUCGCGGUGCGGCCGGGCCGGGAGGCGGCCGGAGCCGGAGCGCGAGCGCGGCGAGCGAGACUUAAUGGCGGCGCUGGCGCCCGGGGCACCCGGGGACGCCGCCUCGGCCGCCCUGGACGAGCUGUCCCGGAACUUCACGUACGGGGCGCUGGGCUCCGGGAACGGCUCCCUGUCGGGCGCGUGGUACCGCAGGAACCAGAUUCACCUUCUUGGAGUUUUGCUGUCCAUUUUAGGAAAUUUGGUAAUCAGCAUUUCCCUAAAUAUUCAGAAAUAUUCUCAUCUUCAGUUGGCGCACCAAGAACACCCAAGGCCGUACUUCAAGAGCAUGUUGUGGUGGGCUGGGGUGGUGCUGAUGGCCGUGGGAGAGACAGGAAACUUUGCAGCCUAUGGAUUUGCCCCUAUUACUCUCAUUGCUCCAUUAGGUUGUAUGUCUGUUACAGGUAGUGCCUUUAUUUCUGUUUUGUUUCUGAAAGAAAAUUUGAGAGCCUCAGAUUUACUAGGUAUGACAUUGGCAUUUGCGGGAACAUAUUUAUUGGUGAACUUUGCUCCAAAUAUAACUCAGGCUCUCUCGGCAAGAACAGUACAGUAUUACUUUGUUGGCUGGCAGUUCCUCAUCUAUGUGAUUUUAGAAAUAUUAAUUUUCUGCAUUCUCCUAUAUUUCCAUAAAAGAAAAGGAAUGAAGCACAUUGUGAUUCUGCUAACCUUGGUGGCUCUUCUAGCCUCAUUGACAGUUAUUUCAGUAAAAGCCGUCUCAGGCAUGAUAACUUUUUCUGUGACGGAUAAAAUGCAACUGACUUAUCCCAUCUUCUAUGUCAUGUUUAUCGUCAUGAUAGCAUCUUGUGUUUUCCAAGUCAAGUUCCUGAAUCAAGCCAUGAAGCUCUAUAAUACGACAACGGUGGUGCCAGUUAACCAUAUUUUCUUUACAACCAGUGCCAUUAUUGCAGGUAUCAUAUUUUACCAGGAAUUCCUUGGGGCAGCUUUUCUCACUAUAUUUAUAUAUCUUUUUGGGUGUUUUCUGUCAUUCCUUGGUGUGUUUUUGGUCACCAGAAAUCGAGAAAAAGAACAUCUGCCACAGUCUUACAUUGAUUUUGCAAAUAUUCCUGGGAAACAAAUGUUGGACAAAAUACAACCAGAUUCAAAUGGCUUAUCCUAUGGAACUUUGCCUGAUGGAAGUGACUCAACAAAGAGCCAAAGUGGAGAGAAGAAAGAGGUCUAAAAUGCCGAGGGGGAUGGCUGUUGGCCUGUUAUUCGAUACCACCUUUUUAAAAAAUUGCACAUGUUCAAUUUGUGUCAGCAGCUAUUUUAUGCUGACAUGUGCUCGCGUUAGUUUCAGUCAUUUACCCCACCUCCAUUUCUAUGGACAAUCAGGGCCUUCCUAAGCUUUAACAGUCUAAUGUUUUCAUGGAAUAUAAUUUGAAGUGUUCCCCACACCCCAGACAUCUCCCUGGUGAUCAUGUAACUGGCUAGAUCUUAAUUAGAGCCUGGCUCCCCAGGCAGGAAUGUCACACAAAAAUGUGCGUUCACGAUUUGGCUAGAGAACACGUAGGUUGCUUUUCCCACACAGCUUGUAGUAUCAGUUGCUUUGCUUUAAAAAGAAACACUUUAGCCCCACAACCUCACUCCUGAACCAAAGGUUUGAGAGCAUUCAUUUUUCCUAAAUUAGAAUGGUGAAUCAUCUCUUCAGAAAACUAGCCCUAUUUGAACCAUCCUUUGAAAAUAUUAGAAUUUUAAAGAAUGGCCUUCCUUGAUAGAGUAUACCAAAACUAAAAAACCUUGGCUGGUGGACUUUUUAAGCUUAAGAAAGGAAAAACUUAAGAAUGAGGACCAAUUUCUUUUAAUAAAAAUAUCGAAUGAUAAUGUCUUCUUUAGCUGUAUGAUCCAUUAUGCUUUAAUUGAAAGUGAAGAAAAACCUCAUAUCCUAUGCUUUUAUUUGUUUAGAUGUUAUAAUUUAUCACAUGGGUUUAUAUGUUUUAAUUCUCAGCACAUGUCAAGAAUCAUAUUUGAAUUCUUAGUGAUGUUUUCAGUAACACACCAUUUCUUCUUCAAGUCAUUAUUUCAAGAUUUGUACAUUCUUCUAGGUAAAAGGACCAUUAUGAUUAAAGAACUGGAUUUCAGGCAUUUAAAUCUGUAGAUGCAAAACACAGCCAGGUGGUCCAACUUGAGUCUAGGGAGGAAGCCCAGUGCUCCUGUACCCUGAAUGGCUUUUCUGCUGCCAUUAGUCACAAAUCUACUAAGAUACAGGCAGAGUCCAUAAUCAUAUCUGUUACUUAUGAUCUACUUAAUAUUUAAAUGAGAAGAAAAGAGCUAGCCUUCAUUGUAACCAACAUCAAAUAAUAAGCCCUAUCCUUAAUGACAUUUCAGAACUUUCAUAUCACUCCCAGCAUGUCAGCCCAAUAAUGUUUCAGCCAGUUGUCUUGCAUUUGUGUGGUUGUUUAACUCAGAGCUGUUGACACUGUCAUCCUAACUGCUUUGGGUCUUUUUAUUCUGUUCUCUGUCAUAACCUGCACUCCUAACCGGACCAACCAAACCUGGCCAUAAGGUGAGAUUCGAAUUCAUCACCAGUCUUUGAAUAAUAACCUGGAGCCCAUGUCUGGCUUUUAAACUCCUGGUAACAAUUCUUGCCAUUGUGGAAAGUGUCCCAUUAAUUCAAAUAAAACAGUCAUAUAAUUUACAGCAUGUUUUACUGAAUUGGUCCAACAUGUUGGCACUGGAAGGCUCAGCUAAGAAAUGUGUCUGAUGUCUUAAACUACAGAUUUCUGGUGACUCUUAAAACUAGUUUCAAAGAUUUGGAAAAUAAUUAGACAGAAGAGUUUUACUUGAAGUAGGACUACAUUUAUAGCUACAGCACGUGGUUUUGAGUAUUGUAGAAUUUUGCACAGACAUAAGCAUAGUGCCAGCACUUUAGUGGUCGCCAACAUUUGCGUCUUUUAAAAGUUUUGAGAAAUGACAUUGAUUAUGCACAUUUAAGCAAUCCAGCGAUACUUUCGAAGUCCAGAUAACAAAUAAAAUAUAUUCAGACUUAAUUUUACUUUCCAUAUUGCUGCUCCAAAGUAAGGUGAAUAGGAGUUUUAGUUGUACUGGCUUGUAAAGAUUGUUUAAAUUACACAGUGCAGGGCAACAACCAAAGCCAACCCAUUCCUUCUCUUGGCAUUGUGAGUUGGGUACCUUUAGCCAACAUGUGGCUCAUCUGACUGUUUGUCUAGACUAGGGGUCUGCAAAUUUUUCCUGUAAAGACACAGAGAGUAAGUAUUUUGGGGUUUGUUGGCCAUACAUAGUCUGUCGCAGCUACUCAACUCUGCCAUUGUAGCAUGAAAGCAACCAUUGACAAUAUGUAAAUGUAUGAGCAUGUCUGUGUGCCAGCAAAACUUUAUUUAUGAAAACAGGUGGUCAAUCCAUGGGUUGUAGUUUGCCAACCCUUGGUCUAGACUCCUCUGCCCUUGCUACUCAGCUUCUUUCUUGUUCCUUGGGCAUUCAAGAGUUUAAAAAGUGACACUUCAUAGUUCAUGACAAACUAGUUACUAUGGGAGUGUGGAACCAUAUUUUGAUAUUUCCAUUAGGAUCUUGUUGCUUACAUAAGAUACAAAUGGAAGCAAAGAGUUCAUUAUUGGUGCCUAAGUUUCUCUCUCUUGGAGGCAGUGAUUCUUUUUUGAGUACCACUGACUAUAUUGGAAGAGCCUCUCCAAUCCCACACUCCAAGUUGAUAAUAGCUUCAGAAAUGAGUAGUCAUUACUUCUCAUGUAGUAGAUUAAAGCAGAAGUCUUUACUAUCUGGUUGUUUUCAGUUUAAAUGUUUGCUUGCCCUAUAAUGAUAAUACUUUCAUUACCAGAAUCACUUGGAAAAAAAUACAAUAAAAAAUUUCUCAAAUAUUGA